AUGGCGGUACAAUCGAAGCUGUCACUGCCUGGCGGCCUCGUGUCGGAAGGAGCGCUGAAGAAGGCCGUGUCCGAUCUCACAACUCUAUACCUCAAACACCGCACACGCAUCUCACGCGCCAUCUACAUCGGCCUCUUUGUCACCUUACUGAAUCGUAUCCGCAACGCCAUCAACGAGCAGAAAGCCGCAGAGCAACAACGGCGAACGGCCGCUCGCAAUGGAGAAAGAGAAGGAAGCACAUCCACUGGCAGGAAGAAGGUCGAGCUCAACAGAGAGUUCUUUCGUAACCUGAUCCGCUUGUUGAGGAUCUGUAUACCAGGCUGGAAGAGCAAGGAGUUGCGUCUUCUUGUCAGUCAUAGCGUUUUCCUCGUUUUGCGAACAUUGAUCUCGCUCUAUGUCGCUGAACUGGACGGAAGAUUGGUCUCUGCUCUUGUUCGGGGCAAGGGCAAAGAAUUCAUUGGUGGUUUGCUGUGGUGGAUGGUUGUCGCCAUUCCAGCUACCUUCACAAAUUCCAUGCUCAGCUACCAUCAGUGCAAGCUCGCACUGCAGUACCGCACGCGCCUUACUCAACACAUCCACAACAAGUAUCUGUCCAACAUGACCUUUUACACCCUCUCCGCCCUCGACGACCGCAUCAAGAACGCCGACCAACUUGUCACAGUCGAUGUCAGCAAAUUCUCAAACUCGCUUGCCGAGUUGUAUGGCAAUCUAGCAAAACCAAUCCUGGACAUGGUCAUCUACAACUACUCGCUCUCGCGCAGUGUAGGUGGUGAAGGCCUCUUUGCCAUGGGCUUGUUCGUCCAGCUUUCUGCUUCCGUGAUGCGAGCUCUGACACCACCAUUUGGCAAAUAUGUUGCCGAUGAAGCACGCUUGGAAGGAGAAUUCCGCUUUCAACACUCUCGUGUGAUUGAUUAUAGUGAAGAGAUUGCACUAUACCAUGGCCACGAAGCAGAAAAAGACGCUUUGGACAAAAAUUACUUUACACUCAUCAAACACGUCAAUCGCAUCUUGAGACGAAGAUUCUAUCACGGCAUCAUGGAAGACUUUGUCAUCAAAUACUUCUGGGGCGCUUUGGGGUUGAUGCUCUGUUCCAUUCCUGUCUUCUUCAAACUUCCCAUCGCAAAGAACGCAGGAACAACAGCCAAAAACUCGACAGAAGCUUUUGUAACCAAUAGACGUUUGUUACUCAGUUCAUCUGAUGCUUUUGGAAGACUAAUGUUCUCCUACAAGGAGAUUUCCCAACUUGCGGGAUAUACGUCUAGGGUUUCGACGUUGUUGGAUGUUAUCAAGGAUAUCCAAGCAGGACAUUUCGAGAAGCAACUCGUGAGUUCCGCCUCGGUGGAUGCUAAUGCAGCUGUUCUCGCAGGCAGAGGCACUAUAACCGAAGGCACUGAUAUCAUGUUCAAAGACGUACCUAUCGUGUCUCCCAACGGCGAUAUCUUGGUCUCGGCAUUAUCUUUCCACAUACGCCCACAGGAUCAUCUGCUCAUCAUUGGCCCCAACGGCUGUGGCAAGUCCUCGUUGUUCCGUAUACUAGGCGGAUUAUGGCCCGUGUACGGCGGCGAAGUCAGAAAACCUCCCGCAGAAGAUAUUUUCUACAUUCCACAACGACCAUAUCUCUUAGCGCACGGAAGCCUUCGCGCUCAAAUCAUCUACCCCGAUACCAUUGCAGAAAUGCACGAGAGAGGAGUUAUAGAUGCAGAUCUGCUCGAAAUCAUCGCGUCUCUAGAUCUGGACAAUUUGCUUUCUUUGCCUACCAAAGAUACUUCUCCCACUAGUGGUAAUGAGGGAUCAACGCAAACAGGCCUAGACACCACUGCACCCUGGCCCGACCUCCUCUCCACAGGAACACAACAACGCCUCGCCGCCGCAAGACUCUUCUACCACUCCCCGUGUUACGCUAUCCUCGACGAAUGCACAUCUUCCUUGACUCCUUCCAUCGAAGCUCUAAUCUACACCCAAGCCAAAGCCCGCAACAUCACUUUAUUGACCGUCUCCCAUCGCAAAAGCCUGUGGCAGUAUCAUACGCGUAUACUACAGUUUGAUGGCAAAGGAGGAGUGGUGUUUGGACGACUGGAUGCGGAAAAAAGGUUAAGACUUGAGGAUGAGAGGGAAGAGUUGGAGGAAAAGUUGAGGGGCGUUGAGGGCGUAGAAAGGAGGAUUGCGGAACUGGAGGCUGUGUGA